AUGUCCUUCGGCCUCUCUGGAAGCGACGAGCACAGCGUGAUGGUCGGCGGCGACGUCGUCGUGGCCUGGGUGGACAGGAACACUGGAAAAGGAUACGCGGUUGAUUACGAACUAGACGAUAAAUCGCAGUGCUCCGGUCUGCGCGGUUCCUGCCCGGAUGAAAGAAUCUCAAAGCCAAUUAUUUGGGCUAUUGGUCCACUUAACCAGAGAAACGAAGUAUCUUUCCACACUCAUUAUCUCAAGGGAGAUAGAUUCUUUGAUUUUGGGCGUCAACCAGUUUGGAAUUGCCCGAUGCCAGAAGCUGAUGAACGUAUGAUAGCAAAUAUGCGCAAUGAAGAAAAAGAGCAGCAUCAGGCCGAGCGAAAUGAGGCACCACCUACAAGAACUAGAGGCAGAAAACCAAGUGUGGCAAGUGACCGACAAGAUUCUCAACCUGUUCCUAGUUCGAAUGAAAAUAAAAGACGACGUGGUCCGACUCGACAACAAGCCAGUGAACAAAGAACUCAGGCAAUAGACAUCGAGCGAAGCACAUCUGCGGUUAAUACUCCACCGCCUGCUCCAGUCAUUGCACAAAGACGACCUGUCCCAACACCAGCACCUGCUCCAAAAUCAGGUGCUUGGGAUAUACCACCGAUACAAUGCUACGAACCCGACGAUGGAGUUUUUUAUGCUCAAAUGGGUCCAACUGGUGGUAAACAAGGAUAUCCUGCAAUAACAGGACAUGUUGGAUGGGGCAUCUCAUGGUACAUUAAUGGCUUACUUAUUCCAGAAAUUAAUGUUGUUCGAGGAAAAACUUACACAUUUGUUGUAGAAGGUGGCUUGGAUCCUGAAAUACCAGCAAAGUAUCAUCCGUUCUAUAUUACUGAUGAUUCAGUAGGAGGCUAUGAGCAUAAAACACCGGAAGAAAAAUCCGCUAUAAAUAUUUAUGCUGGUGUAAAAUACACCAAGAGUGGAGAUGUUAUACCUACUGGUGUUGGUCGUCUUUGUAAUUGGACUCCUAAUCCUGAUGGCCCUCCUGCAGAUGAAUACAGUUCUUUCGGAGCUUAUCAACGAUCGUUAUCAUUGAACUGCGACAACGGUGAACCGGGUGUCAUUACUUGGACGCCUGAUGCACGGACACCAGAUACUGUAUAUUAUCAAUGCUUUACCCAUCGGUACUUAGGUUGGAAGAUUAACGUAUUGGAUAGCUGCGAUGAAUUACCAGCAGAAAGGUGCUGUUAA